UUGCACAAGACGUCUCUGGUCGGUUUCGAUUGCAUCCUCGCCAGAAGUACGAUAUAGUCGAAACCGGUCAAAUACUUCUCUCGCGCUGUGAAGAUAUUCGUUCUCAUUCAUACCAUUUCUCCAUUUGUCAUAAGGAACACCGUUCAUAUAUUGCUUUAUUUUAGAGGAGCCAAACUACUUUUACAGGCAGUGUGUUUUUGUGUUGCGAAGCAUAGCAAUAAUAGGAGACAUAACCCAGAACAAAGUGACUGUCCCCGGUUACAUAACUAUGAUGAAGUGCUAUCACAUAUAUGAUGUGAGAUAAGCGAAAGUUACUCCCCAACAGUGUCGAUAAGCUAUCUCAGGACCUUACAUGUGUUUUCUUGCUGAAUCUAAAAUCAAUCGAAUCGUCUUUCUAUCGACAGUGACGGACAGUUUCCCAAAGCGUCAUAAGGGUCCUUCGCUUACCUCACCACAGCGACCCACAAUGCGUCUCGCCAGCGGUCACGUCGCCGUCCAGCUCCACGGGGAAGAGCUGACAAAGAUCCAGAAGGACUUCAAGGGUUUUGGCAAAGGCUUGGUUCGCCUGACACCCGGGGGGUGGCUGUUACCGGCGCCUUACACCAAGUUCGCAGACAAGAUCUAUAAUACGGAGUUCCGCGCGAGCGACGUCGUCAUAAUGACGUAUCCGAAGUGCGGAACGACAUGGACGCAGGAGGUCGUGUGGACCAUGAGGAACAACCCGAACUUCAACCACCCGAAGGCCGGCAUUCCUGUCAAAGCUCGUUCGCCCUUCGUCGACUCGGACAUGCUAGCGCACUUGGGCAAAGACGUACUAAAUAGUGAACUCCUGGAGUUGGUCAAGGACAUUGUGCCACAUCCUGAUCCUGACGAAGGCCUGGCGCUGCAGUUGACGGCCAACAUCCCUGACCCUCGGACUAUUAAGACGCACUUGCCUUUCUCCCUCAUGACCCCUAACCUCCUCGAUACGGCCAAGGUGAUUUACGUGGCAAGGAACCCCAAGGACGUGGUCUUGUCCUUCCAUCACCACAGCCGGCUCAUGAAGAGUAUGAGCUACGUCGGCUCCUUGGACCAAUAUGUGGAUUACUUUAUCAAUGACCAGCUGAUCUACGGGCCUUAUUGGGAGCACCUGCGCGAAGCCUGGCCCAGGAGGGAUCACCCCAACAUGCACUUCGUCUUUUACGAAGACAUGAAGGCGGACCCCAUGGCGGAGCUGAGGAAACUGAACCAAUUCCUGGGAACUGACCUGACGGAGGAACAGCUGGAGAAGAUCGCCCACUACACUAGUUUUGAGGAAAUGAAAAGGAGAGAUGACUUUUACCGGGAGAAAGAAAUGCAACGUUUAGAUCAGGAAGUGAGUAAGAAGGAUGGAGGUUUCUUCAGAAAAGGUGAGGCCGGUAGCUGGAAGGGUCACCUGACGGACACGCAAGAGGCCAAAAUUAAUGCCUGGACGAAGGAUAAUUCGCAGAAGCUCGGUAUCACGUUUAGGUAUUCACUCUAAUCUUCCAAAAGAUAUUGGUGAUAUUCAUGGGAGUUUAAACGGUCGGGUUUUUGUAUUCCAGAACGCAAAUCAUUGUAUUUAUGUUUUGGAUGGAUGUGCAAGCAUGUCGGCCUAAGUAUAUUUCCGUAGACAUAAUCACACACACACACACACACACACACACACACACACACACACACACACACACACACACACACACACACACACACACAUACACACACAUACACACACACAUGCGUACAUACACACAAGCGCGCACGCAGCCGCGCGCGCAUGCAGCCACUCAUACACGCAGGCAAUCAUACACACACACUGCAUUUUUUUUUCUUUUUCAUAAAGCUAAAAUGUCCAAGCUAUUUUCAUAUUCCAUUUAAUUAGUCCUCGACUGAAUGUUAUAACAUAUCUGUAACACUAAGCCAUUCUAAGAUACAUAAUAAAGCAUUUCUUCCUGCUGAUGUCAACCGAAAUAAGUUAGGAAUGAUAAAAACAUGCUAACUGUCCGAUGGUAGUUUGAUUCUGAAUUGAUUAUUAUGCUUAGAUAGAUACGUAAAUGAAAAAAAAUAUAUAUAUAUAUUUUGAGGAUUCAUCCAUUUUGAAACCCGAUAUAUAUGUAUGCAUCUAUAUGUAUAUAUAUGUAUGUGUGAUAUAAUAUGAACACACACACAGAUUAAACAGGUAAAAUGUGAAUGUAAUGAUUUUAUUUACUUUAUUCUCCUCCCAUCCUGAGAAAUGCGUUGUUUUGAUGUAUAUGAAAUAUAAUCGAAACCCUUCAGAUACACAACACAACUCGAAAUCAGUUAAUUCAGGUUGGUAACUGAAGAUGCCAUUUAUAUGAUCAAAGCAAUUCAAGGACAAAGACUUUCAAAACGACUGGCGAAUUAGUUGCAGAUAAGACAUUAGAGAAUAUUGUUACAAUGUGUUAUAAUUUAGGGUAGAGGAAUGACUCAUUGACUCAAAUAUAAUGAACGGUUUAUAGUUAGUGGUAAAAGUAUAUAAACAAUUGACAUAUAGAUGCAUGGAAAUACUGAGAAACGCAGACACGCAAUUCCUGAGCACUUCAAGAGUAAUUAAUAUCUCAUAAUUGAAACGGUUUCUAUUGAUAAUCGAAUUUAAUUUUACAAUCUACUCUAUAAACUAUAUAAACUCGUACAUAUCCACAGUACUCAUACACACUAAAUUAUGUAUUUCAAAAAAGUGUUAGAAUGAGUUUUCUCGCAUUUAUUAAAGAGAAGGGAAAGAGAGAAAGAAGGGGCGCAUUAUACUGAAAAUGAUAAACUGAAAGAGUGUAUGUUGAUAUCGUCAUUGAUCCUCAUUAUCAGCUAAUUAUAUUAUUAACAUUGCUCUGUUGCUGGUAUGUUAUUUGCAUCAUUAUUAACCCUUGUCCACUGUAAUAUAAGUUUAUUUAUUGUCGUUAC